AUGGCUUCCUUUCAAGUCCCCGUCUUCCAUACCUCCCGCUUCCCUCUCCCCGUCCGCGCCUUUAUCGGCGGCGAGUUUGUCGACAGCACCAGCGAUGAGAAGCACACCCUCAUUUCCUCGGUCAAUGACCAAGUCCUUACGAACGGUUCGAAAGACUUGAGUUGGACGGCAUAUGGCAUGACUAAUGACGCUCGUCGUGAUGCCCUCGUCAAGUACGGCAAUCUCAUCCGUCAGAAUCGAGAACAGCUCCGCUGGCUAGAGGCAGUGCUCACCGGAAAGGAUGCCGGGUUUUGUGGCUUUGAGAUCAGCGCCGCCGCCGACCUAUUCAUCUACUAUGGCAACAUGAUUGACAAGUUCGAGAGCGAGUACACUCUCCGUCAACCAUGGGGAAUCUGCGCAGGUAUUUGCCCUUUCAACGGAGUCAUUGUCACACUCGCAAUGAAGGCAGCACCUGCACUCGCUUGUGGAAACCCCAUCAUUAUCAAGACUAGCGAAACGAACCCUUUCUCAACCCUUUUCAUGACAUCCCUUGCCAUUGAAGCUGGCAUUCCUCCUGGCGCCUUGAACUGCCUGGUUGGCGGUGCAGAAGCUGGCAACGCCCUCUCCUCGCACAUGGAUAUCCGCAAGAUCAGCUUCACGGGAAGCAUCGGUGUGGGUAAGCUGAUCCAAAUUGCUGCGGCAAAGUCAAAUCUGAAGAGCGUCACCUUGGAGCUUGGGGGCAAAUCUCCCCUUAUUGUGUUUCCAGACGCCAAUCUGGAGGCGGCACUGCCAGCCGCGACCUUGUUUCUCCUGAUGAAUGACCAGGGAUGCGCUCUUUCAACUAGACUGUAUGUCCAUGAGUCUAUCGCUGAAGAGUUCAUUGAAAAGGUGAAGAUUAUGGUUGAAGGUCAUGCGAAAACUCUAGGUGGUGAUCCUAUGGCGGCGAGCACGUACUCCUCACCCCUGUACCAUCACCGCCAGAAAGACGUCGUUCUUUCAUACAUCGAGUCCGGAAAAGCAGAAGCAAAACUCAUCACCGGUGGAAAUGCCGUUGGGGAGCAGGGAUGCUACGUCGAGCCAACAAUCUUUAUCGACCCGUCACCCAAUGCUCGAGUUCUCAAAGAAGAAAUAUUUGGACCCGUCCUCGUCGUUGUUAGGUUUGCCACCGACAACGAAGUUUUGAAACUGGCAAACGACACCGAGUACGGAAUCACGGCUUCGAUCUGGACGGCUGACAUGAAACGAGCAUUGCGGUUUGCUCAUAAGCUUGAGGCUGGCAGUGUCAGUGUGAACGGGGCUGGUGGUUAUCACCCAAGUGUUCCUAUGGGCGGAUGGAAGCAGAGCGGCCAAGGUCUUGAGAAUGGUAAAGAAGUUAUGCUUGACUGGACCCAGUUGAAGUCUGUUGCGCUGAGGGGAUAG